AUGUUCGGAAAGAACUUCCGAGAUGCCACAGACAACCCACCAGCUCUUCGUAUUUCAGAGGUAGAAGAUUAUGCUACUCUUCUCACUGUUAUUGGUGACAACCCACCAGCUCGGGAUGGACUGCCAGGCACGAGAAGAUGGAAACUAAACACUUCGGGGUUCUUUACAGUUAAGUCACUCUAUGCUAAACUGCUGAAUACCAUAGAUGUACUACUACACAAAAGUAUGAAUCUGUAUAACUCUUGUGCCUUAUAUGGAAUUGGUAUUGAGUCGCAAAACCACUUAUUUCUCCAUUGUAAGAUUGCAUACAAAAUGUGGUCUAGUAUGAUCUCUGGUACAAAUUGGGUGUGGGUUAUGUCUGGUUCUAUGAAGAUCUUGGCAGAGAUAUGGAAACAACAUAUAUUCUCUAGUUUUGAUGAUCAGGUUAUUGAACCGACCCAGAUUGAUAAGACUGGGAACAUGUUUACUACACCUCUUAUUUCCAUUAGUAAUAAUUUUGUAUUAAAUACGAAGAAUCUUCCUACUGUGAAGCGUCCGAAAUCACCUGAGAAGAAGAAAGUUCAAACCCAAUUUUAUUAUUUAGCUCUUCCUGCUCCGAGCAAGACUGUCGAUGUACCGGAGGAUUCAGUUGUCCAUAUAGAUGCAGAAGAUGCUGAUAAUUCCUUAGCCGCAGUGGAGUAUGUUGAAGAUUUGUACAAAGUUUACAAAAGCGCCGAGAGUUCGAGUCGAGUUCGUGAUAUAUGUGUACACAGUGGUUAUAUGGACUUGCAAAAGGAGAUUAAUGAGCGUAUGAGGAUGAAUCUGGUGGAUGGGUUGAUUAAAGUGCAAGACCGUUUUCAACUUUUGCCAGAAAAUUUAUAUCUUACUAUCCACAUUGUCGACCGAUACCUUGCGAUAAAUCGAGUUGUGAGAAAGAAGGAGUUGAACUUAAUUGGGAUUACUGCUAUGCUUAUAGCAAGUAAGUAUGAAGAAAAUGCGGCAAUAAAAGUUGAUAAAUUGGGUGGAACUUAUAAGAGAAAGCAGAUAUUGGCCAUGGAGAGAUCAAUUUUGGGAAAACUUGAAUGGACUUUAACUGUCCCUACUGCAUACCAUUUCCUUGUUCGAUUUAUCAAGGCUUCUCUAGCAGAUCAGGAGAUGGAGAACAUGGUGUUUUUCUUGGCGGAAUUGGGUUUAAUGCAAUAUGCAAUGAUAGAAUACAGCCAGUCGAUGUUGGAAGCAUCUGCUGUCUAUGCAGCACAAUGCACACUGAAGAAAACUCCUCAAUGGAGUAAAACGCUUGAGCAUUACACUGGAUUUUCCGAAUGUCAGCUUAUCGAAUGUGCAAAGCUAUUGGUGAGCUUCCACUCAGAGGCACCUGAACAUGAGCUUCGAGCGGUUUAUAAUAGAUACUCGACUUGUACACAUAACAUUGUAGCUCUACAACCACCUGCACAACAACUUUUGAUUGAUUGA